AUGGCCGUCGGCGGUUGCACUUUCUCAUCGGACGACAUUGUGAUUAAGUCUCCCAACGAUAGGCGAUUGUACAGGUACAUUGAGCUGCCUAAUGGUUUGUGUGCUCUUCUUGUUCACGACCCUGAGAUUUACGGCGGUGAUAAGCCUGAAGCCGUUGAUGAUGGUUCUGAUGAAGAAGAAGAAGAAGACGACGACCUAGACGAAGACGAAGACGAAGAUGAUGAUGAUGAUGAUGAUGAUGAUGAUGAUGAUGAUGAUGAUGAUGAUGAUGAUGAUGAUGAGGAUGAGGAUGAUGAUGACGAGGACGAAGAAGAGGAAAAUGCUAAUGGAAAGAAAGGCGCUGCUCAGAAAAAGGCAGCAGCAGCAAUGUGUGUUGGAAUGGGCAGUUUUAAGGAUCCACAUGAAGCUCAGGGUCUUGCACAUUUUCUAGAGCAUAUGCUUUUCAUGGGAAGUACUGAAUUUCCAGAUGAGAAUGAGUAUGACAGUUACCUGUCAAAGCAUGGAGGGUCCUCAAAUGCAUAUACAGAAACAGAGCAUACAUGCUACCAUUUUGAAGUCAAAAGAGAGUUUCUUGAGGGGGCUUUAAGAAGAUUCUCUCAGUUUUUUGUCUCACCUUUGGUGAAGUCUGAAGCAAUGGAGCGAGAAGUACUGGCUGUGGAUUCAGAGUUCAAUCAGGUGUUACAGAGUGAUUCCUGCCGCCAGCAACAAUUACAAUGCCAUACAUCUGCUCCUAGUCAUCCAUUUAACCGUUUCUUUUGGGGUAAUAAAAAGAGCCUGGCUGAUGCGAUGGAGAAUGGAAUAAAUUUGCGGGAACGGAUUUUGGAAUUGUACAAUAAUAAUUAUCAUGCAGGGGCGAUGAAGCUUGUCAUCAUAGGAGGAGAGACUCUUGAUAUACUUGAAAGCUGGGUUCUUGAAUUGUUUAGCAGUAUUAAGAGUGGCACUCAAAUAAAGACAGAAACGAGGUUGGAAUUUCCUAUCUGGAAAGCUGGGAAAGUUUACUGGUUGGAAGCAGUUAAAGAUGUACACAUUCUUGAUUUAUCAUGGACAUUGCCUUCCCUACGGAAUGAUUAUUUGAAAAAAGCUGAAGAUUAUAUAGCUCAUUUGCUUGGACAUGAGGGAAGAGGGAGCUUGCAUUCUUUCCUUAAAGCCAAAGGCUGGGCAACCUCCAUUUCUGCUGGUGUUGGGGAUGAUGGAAUGCAGCGCUCUACAAUGGCUUAUAUUUUUGGCAUCUCCAUACACCUUACUGACUCUGGAUUGGAAAAGAUCUAUGAAGUCAUUGGUUUUGUGUAUCAAUAUAUCAAGCUAUUGCGAGAAAUUGCACCUCAAGAAUGGAUUUUCAAGGAACUCCAAGAUAUUGCAAAUAUGGACUUCUUAUUUGCCGAGGAGCAACCUCAAGAUGAAUAUGCUGCUGAACUUGCAGAGCAUCUGCUUGUUUAUCCUGCCGAUCAUGUUAUUUAUGGUGACUAUGCUUACAAGAUUUGGGAUGAGGAGAUGAUAAAGUAUGUGUUGGGUUUCUUCAGGCCAGAUAACAUGAGAGUUGAUGUGUUGACCAAGUCAUUGAAGUACCAGGAUGUGAAGUUUGAACCAUGGUUUGGUGCAAAGUACGCCGAGGAAGAUAUCCCAUCUUCUCUGUUGGAACUAUGGAAGGAUCCUCCAGAAGUUGCUACCUCCUUGCAUCUUCCUGUGAUGAAUGAGUUUAUUCCUCUUGAUUUUUCCAUUCGUGCAGAUAGUAUCUCCAGUGACUUUUCAGAUGCUCCCAUGCCGAAAUGUAUCGUUGAUGAACCAUCGUUGAAAUUGUGGUACAAACUUGACAAAACAUUCAAGCUUCCUCGUGCAAAUACAUAUUUCCGCAUCACCUUAAAUGGGGGAUGCAAAACCUUGAGGAAUGCUCUGUUGACGGAAUUAUUUGUUCUCCUUCUAAAGGAUGAGUUGAAUGAGAUUGUGUAUCAGGCUAGUGUGGCAAAAUUAGAAACUUCUAUGUCUCUGUAUGGUGAUAAACUUGAGCUGAAGGUUUAUGGGUUCAAUGAUAAGCUUCCGAAUCUUUUGAUAAAGAUUUUGUCAACAGCCAAAUCAUUUUUGCCAAAUGAAGAUCGUUUUAAGGUUAUCAAGGAAGACAUUGAGAGGAAUUUAAAGAACACAAACAUGAAGCCUCUGAGCCAUUCAUCUUACUCCAGACUACAAGUAUUGUGUCAGACGUUCUGGGAUGUGGAAGAAAGGUUAUCAUUACUGAAUGAUUUGUCUCUUUCUGAUUUAAGAGCUUUCAUUCCAGGUCUUCUUUCCCAGAUGUAUAUUGAGGGCCUUUGCCAUGGGAAUUUAUUGGAAAAAGAAGCAGUUGCCAUAUCAAGCAUAUUUACCUGCAACUUUUCAGUGCCUCUUCUUCCUGUUGAGUUAAGGCACCAAGAAACUGUAAUGUGUCUCCCUUCUGGUGCCGACUUAGUUAGGGAUGUCAGAGUGAAAAACAAACUUGAAAAGAACUCAGUGGUUGAGCUAUAUUAUCAGAUUGAACCAGAACAAGAGAUUGGAUUGGCCAAAUUAAAAGCAUUAAUCGACCUGUUUGAUGAAAUCGUUGAAGAGCCACUCUUCAAUCAGCUCAGGACAAAGGAGCAGCUUGGCUAUGUUGUUGACUGCAGCCCACGUGUGACAUACCGAAUAAUGGGUUUUUGUUUUCGUGUUCAAUCUUCUGAGUAUGAUCCUAUGUACUUGCAAGGGAGAAUUCAUGACUUCAUCAACAGCGUGGAAAAGAUGCUGGAUGGACUUGACAAUGAGUCUUUUGAAAACUACAAGAGUGGUUUACUGGGAAAGCUUCUUGAGAAAGAUCCGUCCCUCUUAUACGAAACAAAUCGAUAUUGGGGUCAAAUAGUUGACAAAAGGUAUAUGUUUGAUUUGUCCGAGAAGGAAGCUAUUGAACUCGAAAGUGUUCAGAAGUGUGAUGUUAUUGAAUGGUAUCGUACUUACUUAAGACACCCUUCUCCAAAAUGUCGAAGGCUUGCUGUACGGGUGUGGGGCUGUAACACCAAUUUGAAAGAUUCCGAUACCAAAGGAACAUCUGGGCAGGUCAUACACGAUCUUCUGGCUUUCAAAAAGAAGGCUGACUAUUAUCCAAGCUUGUGCUGA